GAAUGGAAUUUGGCAGGAAAGGAAAGGGUGCCGCAGGUCGCCUCCCCCGACGACCCACACCCACGACCCAGUUCAGGUCAAGCAAUCAGUCCGAGCACCAACCAAGAUAUCCCCAAAUCUACAAAGCUCCCUCCGCCCAGCCCAUGGAUCCAGCGGCUCCACCCCUCCACCGCUCUCCCUCCUGCCAUGCCUCUGCCUCGUGCAGUCCUGCCUUCUUCCGUAAUCCCCACUCCCUACCACCCAGACGACCAGGCUGCGGCCUGAGCUUCUUGAGAUUCCCAGGCGGCGACUGCAGCUGAACCGAGAGGGCAGCGGCGGCGGCGACUAGAGCGGAGAGCAACGGUAGCGGCCUCGACGGCCGGGAGGCAGAUCGCGUGAAGCAGAUGGCGGAGGCUAUACUGCUCGCUGUGUCAAAGAUUGGGGCAAUCGUUUUGAAUGAAGCUGUCUUGGCUGUCAUCAACAAGCUGUCGAGGAAGGUUGACAACCUAAAGGAAUUGCCGGCAAAGAUAAAAAGAAUCGAUAUAGAGCUGAAGACGAUGAAUGAUGUAAUUCAAGACUUGGGCACAACACAUCUCAGCAACAAUGUCGUCAAGGGUUGGAUUGGAAAUGUGAGGAGGCUGGCCUACCAUGUUGAGGAUGUGAUUGACAAGUACUCAUAUGAGGCUCUGAAGCUCAAGGAUGAAGGCUUCCUAAAUCGGUAUGCCUUCAGAAGUUCACGCCAUAUUAAGGUCUUCAGUAAAAUUGCUGAGGAAGUUAUAGAGAUAGAGGGGGAGAUCAGGCACAUCAAAGAACUGCAUAUUUAUUGGAGUACUAUAGUCCAACCCAUUAGAAAUGAGCAUGCAGAGAUUGAUAGGCAGCGAUGGGGAGGCUGCUUUCCAGAAAGUGUUAGUGAUGAGGACCUUGUCGGAAUUGGUGAAAACAGGAGCAAGUUGACCGAAUGGCUGACCACCGAUGAGAAAGAAACCACAGUGAUUACUGUUUCUGGUAUGGGAGGCUUGGGGAAGACAACCCUUGUGAAAAAUGUGUAUGAUCGGGAGAAAGCCAACUUUCCUGAGGCUCAUGCUUGGAUUGUGGUGUCACGGGCGUAUGUUGUAGUUGAUUUGCUGAAGGCAUUGCUCACCAAGAUACAGUACACACAAGAGUCGCCGCCGCCGUCACCUCUUAGUGCGGGCUCUAAAGCUGAUGUUUAUGAGUUAACAGAGGCUAUAAAGAAGAUACUACAAAACAAGAAGUGUUUGAUCGUGCUUGAUGAUGUGUGGGAUAAAGAAGCAUAUACUCAGAUGUGCAGUGCGUUCCAGGGUCUCCAAGGAUGCCGUGUUAUGAUCACAACACGGAAGGAAGAUGUUGCGGCUCUUGCUCCAGUGAGGCACCGCCUACUAUUGCAGCCAUUGGGUAGCGUUGAAUCUUUCAAGCUAUUCUGCUCUAGGGCUUUCCACAACAGCCUGGGCCGCAAGUGCCCUUCAGAGCUCGAGGAGGUGGCGGCUGCUAUAGUUGACCGGUGUCGUGGCCUGCCAUUGGCCAUUGUAUCGUCUGGCAGCCUAUUGUCCACAAAGCAACCAACAGAGCACGCCUGGAAUCAGGUGUACAACCAUCUCCGGAGCGAGCUGCGGGGGAAUAACCAUGUCCAGGCUAUACUUAAUCUGAGCUACCAUGACUUGCCUGGUGAUCUCAGGAACUGCUUCCUGUACUGCAGCUUGUUCCGUGAAGACUAUGAAAUGUCACGGGAGAACCUUGUGCGGUUGUGGGUUGCUGAAGGUUUUGCAAAGAAGAAAGAUAACAGCACGCCGGAGGAAGUGGCUGAGAGGAGUCUCAUGGAACUCAUCGGCCGGAAUAUGCUGGAAGUUGUGGAGAGGGAUGAGCUCUUCAGGGUUAGUACAUGUAAGAUGCAUGACAUUGUUCGAGACCUGGCUCUUGCUGUUGCUAAAGAGGAGAGGUUUGGCUCCGCGAGUGAUCAGGGCGAAAUGACGCUCAUGGAUAAAGAAGUUCGCCGGUUCUCAACAUGUGGUUGGAGAGACAGUAUGGCAGCUGCUCCAGGAGUGGAUUUUCCACGACUCAGAACCGUCAUCUCGCUUUCAGCAGCUUUGUCCUCCACCAACAUGAUUUCCUCUGUUUUGUCUGGAUCCAACUACCUUACCGUUCUCGAGCUUCAAGACUCUGCAAUCUGCCAUGUGCCGGCAUCCAUCGGGAAUCUGUUCAAUCUCCGCUACAUCGGCUUGAGGCGCACCAGAGUUCAGUCACUGCCAGACACUAUUGAAAAACUGUCAAACCUCGAGACGCUGGACGUCAAGCAAACAAAAAUAGAAAAACUACCGCCAGGAAUUGUGAAGGUUGAGAAGUUACGACACCUUUUAGCUGACAGGUUUGCCGAUGAGAAGCAGAUGAAGUUCCAGUACUUUGUCGGAGUCGAGGCGCCGAAUAUGAUUUCCAACUUCCAGGAACUGCAAACUCUUGAGACCGUCCAUGCCAGCAAGGACUUGUCACUUCAGCUGAAGAAAAUGAAUAAGCUGCAGACUGUUUGGGUUGAUAACAUCAAUGCAUCUAACUGUGAUGACCUUUUCAAAACCCUCUCAGAUAUGCCUCUGCUUUCCAGCCUACUUCUCUGUGCAUGUGACGAGAAGGAGACACUUACGUUCCAAGCACUCAAGCCAAUUUCCAAGAGGCUCCACAGACUGAUCAUUAGAGGUGGCUGGGCCGAUGGGACGCUCAAGUGUCCAAUAUUUCAGGGUCAUGGGAAGAAUAUCAAGUAUCUGGCUCUGAGUUGGUGCAAUCUUGGGAAUGAAGACCCGCUGCAGCUGCUGGCAUCUCAUCUGCCAGCUCUCACUUAUCUCAGCCUUAACAGGGUGAGCAGUGCAGGUACACUGGUGCUUUCUGCAGGGUGCUUCUCUCAGCUGAAGACGCUCGUCUUGAGGCGCAUGCCUAAUGUCAAGCAACUGGAGAUUGAGGAGGGUGCCAUUCCGUGCAUUGAUGGGAUCUACAUCGUGUCGCUCUCGGAGCUCGGUAUGGUCCCUCGUGGCAUCGAGUCGCUUGGGUCCCUGAAGAAGCUCUGGAUGCUAGACCUGCACAGGGACUUCAAGGCUGACUGGGAUUUGAACCAGAUGCACGACAAGAUGAAGCAUGUUCCAGGGCUCCGUGCCUAGCUAGCAAAGAGCGGCAGAGACGCAGAACAUGAUGAAGCAUGUUCCAGAGCUCUGUGCAUAGCAAAGAGCGGCAACUACAUCCUUCCGAAAAUAUAUAAUAGAGCACCUGCACCCAGGCCCUCUAUAUCUAGCCAUCCAUUUCCUGCAUCGCGAUACGUGUAAAUACAUUUCUCUUUUUUGUUUCUCUCAAAUAAAACAUGUCUUGAAGUUCAAAUUUUUGCAGCGUGGCAAGGCUUUCUAACUAGAAUCUAGGAUAAAUCUUUCAGAAUUUUUUGUCAAAUAUAAAUAUACAAAAAAUGAUUUUAAAAAUUUUAAAAUAUUUUUUGUAAAUUUAUGUUUGACAAAAAUUUCUGAAAGAUUUAUCCUAGAUUCUAGUUAGAAAGUUUUGCCACACUGCAAAGAUUUGAACUUCAAAACAUGUUUUAUGUGAGAGAAACAAAAAAGAGAAAAUUUCAUAUAAAAAAUUAGUUAUGUUGCAUAGAUCUUAAAGCAAUAUUGGACAGUCAGGAUAGUAGGACCGGGGUGCAGGUGCUCUAAAAAUCCACGUCCUACAUCCUUCGGUAAUUAAAAAUCAUAAGAAUCGCUUAUGCACUGUAAGCGUACAUGCUUUUAAUUAUUUAUAAUGGCACUGUAAUAGUAUCAGCAGCUCUUGAUUGCUUUGCAAUUGCAUCUUGUCAUGCACACAUUGUUGGUUGUUUCUGUAAUAAUUCCUGAAACACGGGCAUUCCCAUCAGGAACUAAAAUAAGUGAGUUUGUUUCAUUUAUAUAAGCUUAAUUUUCA